CAAUCAAGUAAACAAGAGGUCUAAAAAGGCUCUUUUUACUGCUACAGUUUUUUUUUCCUAAAGCCAACAUUAUCGGUGGUUCUUAACAAAGUCCUUAAUGAAAAUCAUCCCAAAAAUAAAUCAAAAUAAAUGAAAAAACUAAGGACGUGAUUUAAUUAAGAACUUUUUGACAACGUCUUUAGCGUUACCUUGGAGAGAAAAGGAGGGCAGUCUUCUUCUCUUCUUCUUCUUCGUUCGUGUUAUCUCUCAAAUAACAACAAAGCUGAGUCUUCUUCUUCUUCCAUUCUUCUCUUCUUCGAUCAAAGAAUAUUGAGGGAGUCCAAUGGCAAAAGUGAGUCUUGGUAUGCUUAUAGACAUUGUGGACGAGGAGUGGAUGAGGGACACUCUCCCUGUUGAUGAUCUCCCAUUGCCUCUAGUGUUUGCUGUUAGAACUGAUGAUACUGAAGAAACCAGUAUGUUUUUUUUUCCACUUUGUUUGUCUUGAUUUUACACUUGUCUAAAAACCUGAUAGCUAGCUAGCUUGAAUUCAUCAUGUUGAUGCAUAAGAUGUUAAACACUCCGAAUUGAGAUGUCAUAAGGAAACCAAUGUUGAGAUGUCAUAAGAAAACCAAUGGAGACAGAACCAGUUUGUGUUUGUUUCAGAUAGUGUGAGAUAAACUGAAUUUUUUAUACGAUUAAAACAUUUGCGAUUGAAACAUAUUUUUUCAAUUGUAAAGAUAACUAAAGACUUUACAAAGUCCUACCAAUAAUCAACAUUUUUCUAAAUGUCUUUAACCUUGUUUCUUAACACACAAAUAAUACUAAAAUAAGCUAAAGACUAUUUUUAAGUACUACCAAUAAUUAUGCUCUAACACCUUCCCCACCCAUAAAUACCCCACACCAACCCUCUCGCCUCUCUCUAAACUCUCUCAACUUCAAAAUCUUCCUCUUCUUUCUCAACCAUAGACACUCCUUUCGGAUUCCUAUUUCUCUACACAUUCCUCCAAUUUUUACUUUGAAUUCCGACGAUGUUACCAGAAUCAGACGGCGACAUGAGCUUAGAGACAGCAAACUCGUCGAUUAGCAGCGGAACAGAAAGUUGCAGCAGUUUCAGCCGGCUAUCUUUCGACACGCCGCCGUCAACCACCGCCAUAAUCCCCGAGGAAGAGAGCUGCCUCUCUCUUAAACCCCACAGAUCCUCCGACUUCGCUUACGCAGAGAUCCUACGACGGCGGAAACACGGCCUAACGUUCCGAGAUUUUCGCCUCAUGCGUCGUAUCGGCGCCGGAGAUAUCGGAACCGUAUACCUAUGCCGUCUCGCCGGAGACCAAGAAGAGAGCCGGAGCUCGUACUUCGCGAUGAAAGUUGUGGAUAACGAAGCGCUUGCGAUGAAGAAGAAGAUGCACAGAGCUGAGAUGGAGAAAAAGAUCUUGAAGAUGCUCGACCAUCCAUUUUUGCCGUCUCUUUACGCAGAGUUCGAAGCUUCACACUUCUCUUGCAUCGUCAUGGAGUAUUGCUCCGGCGGAGACUUGCAUUCUCUCCGUCACAAACAGCCUCACCACAGAUUCUCCCUCGCCUCCGCCAGAUUUUACGCGGCUGAAGUUCUAGUGGCGUUAGAAUAUCUACACAUGUUGGGUAUCAUCUACAGAGAUCUCAAGCCUGAAAAUAUCUUAGUUAGAUCGGACGGUCACAUCAUGCUCUCUGACUUUGACCUCUCCUUAUGCUCCGACUCAAUCGCCGCCGUUGAAUCCUCCUCAUCCACGCCGGAGAAUCAACCUCACUCUUCCCCGCGUCGACUCACUCGUCUCGCUAAGCUUUUCAACCGCGUCUUGCGGUCCAAAAAGGUCCAGACGCUAGAACCGAACCGUCUCUUUGUAGCUGAACCGGUUACCGCCCGGUCCGGUUCCUUUGUUGGUACGCAUGAGUACGUUGCACCGGAAGUCGCCUCUGGUGGGUCCCAUGGGAACGCCGUUGACUGGUGGGCCUUCGGAGUAUUCCUCUACGAGAUCAUCUACGGUCGGACUCCCUUCGCCGCGCCGACUAAUGACAUCAUCCUACGUAACAUAGUGAAAAGACCAUUGAGUUUCCCGACCGAUUCGCCGGCGACGAUGUUUGAGCUUCACGCUCGAAGUUUGAUCUCCGGGUUGCUCAACAAGGAUCCGAGUAAACGGCUCGGGUCACGGCGAGGUGCGGCGGAGGUGAAAGUGCACUCGUUUUUCAAAGGUCUAAAUUUUGCGCUCAUCCGUACAAUGACUCCGCCUGAGGUUCCCUCCGACGUCAGGAGACCGAAGAAGUCGGCGACGUUUGGUGGUAGAAGUAGCAAACCAGCGGCGUUCGAUUUCUUUUGAAAACCAACGUUAGAGGUUAGUUAGCAUCACGUGUUAGUCGGUUCAAGUCGGUGCCAGAUUUUUAGCGACUGCCUUGUGACGAUAGCUGUUUUAGCUGUACAUAUUCCCUUGAUGAUGUCCUUAACUUGUUUUAAAAAAUCGUUUAUCUGACUUUUAGUAUUUAAAUCAGAUGAGUUCUCACGCGAUUUUGUACCAUAAACAGAUAAAUCUAAACUAAUCAUAUCUUGGGAACA